UUUGUUGCGGAGGCGCAGCACUGCCUGGUGCCCUGGUGUACGAAAAGAAACUGCUGAGGUAAGGUACGGGGGUGAACUUACUUAAACACACUUCUAGGAGCACCCAGGGUCCUGGAAAAGAAUCUGGGCUUUUAGGUGUUUCUUGUUUGGCUGCUGGCAUUCCUGUCCCCUCUCCAUUCCUGAUGAAGGGAUACCCACCCACCUCCUAGGAGAGAAAUAGGUAGUAAAAGGCCCCCACCCAACAAGUCAGAAGGGAAAAAUCCUUCUGCGAAGGUUGGGCCAGGCGGUUAUGUCCAUGAGAACACAACUGCCUGCCCACACGGACUGCUGGGGUUGGAGCACCGCCUGUCUUAACUGAGCCUUAAUGCAGGCUGUGAAAUCUGCUCUCUAACGGGGUGCUGUGGCUUGCAUCCUUCACCCCUCGGCUGCUUUCUGCCUCUCGUCUCACACUGAAGUGAAUGAAAUCAAAGCAGAGACCUUCUCUCGGGCUACGGAUCAGGCUCAGAUGAAGAGCUUUGCUCUGUGUAACACAGUUUGAGGCUUACAGCCUGCAAAGCUUUGGCAGAUCCCACUCUCCGGGACUAGCGGUGGUCCUGCGGGGUAUGCGAGAGCCCGCUCAUCAGCACGAGUGGAAACACUCAUCAAGUGGCCACCGAGCACCCAGGAACAAUAAGCUCAGCUUGGAGAGCCACAGCCUUGUCCGCCAAGGGAGUUGUGUAUCUAGCAAAUCCCCCGGACUGCAGAGACAGGCCGUCGCUGGGGGAGAGGGGAGAUGGAGUCAGAGAAAAGGCUGGGCUGUGGGCGCCUGCAAGAGAAGGGAGAUUGUGCCGAGAGAGGAUUUCAGCAGUUCCCCAGCUGCUGCAGAUGCUUGCAGGUGUGCCACACAGCCCAGAGGCAGGGAAAAUCCCUGUGGACACUGCAGGUUGUGCAAGUGAAAACAGUAAUAUCGCUCACAGCAGUCCCCUGGUGAAACUCCUCACCGGCCUGAGUGAACACACAAGUCAGCCCUUCCAGAGAGGGUGGAAAUUGGAACAGCACUGAAAUCUCCAGGGGGUUUGCAGAGAGCAUGCUGCACUGGGUAAGUUUUUCCUUUUCCACCUGUAAAAGCAGAAGUAAGUCACGCUACAGAAAGUAAAGCAAGACUUGGAUGGAAAAGUAAGUCCAUUGAAACUCUGGGGCACUGCCUUUGAACGGUGCUUUAAGCCUAGCGCUGUUUCAUGCUAAUCCUGUAACAUUAUAUAGAUGGGGCUUUUUUUUCCACUUGCACAAAGGAGGAAGGGGCUCAAUACUGAGUUGGGUUGGGUUUUUUUCCCCUUCAGCAAAAAGCGAUGCUGAGCAGCACAGCCGCGAGCCCAGCCCCGGCUCGCUGACAUUUCCAUCUGAAUCCACCUGAAGGGGGUGAGCUUUGGAGGAAGAAAGAGGCUUCUCUCCCUCUCCAGGCCAGAAUCUGAUCUCCAGAUUAGCUUGCUGGUUAUCAAUAGAGGCAACAGUGGCGAUUGCAACUCAACACUCCCCCAGCCCUGGAACAGCAUUGACGAAAACGGACUUUUCAAUUGCGAGAGCAAAGGGACUGAGACAUCAGCGUUUCAGUCAUCAGCAAGAGUUGGCAAAGGAGGACCGGCAUGCAUUCUCCAUUGACAUAGGAUUUCUCCCUGCCCUACCAAGAGUGGUCUAAAAUUUCAGACCUGAAUUGCUCCCCUAGUCUACGAAACAGGUUGGUAAUUUUCUUUCCAUACCUAAAAAAAGAUGUAUUUUUGAAUGUGAUAUGUUAAGUAGCAUAUUCUCUGUUGUCUGUUGUGUUUCCCAAGUGGUGCUGGUCUCGCUCUUCUUCAUGGACCGCCGUAGUCUCCACUAGUCAUUGUCUGCCUGGGCUCCGCUAACGAAUCCGCAGUGACUCAGAUUUGUGAUCUGUAUAAAAUCCUGUCGUAGUCUUUUCAUCUUUCCAAGAUAGGGAAUGGGGUAGAGCUUUUCCUUGGCGGAAUGAAUUUUUCUCGCUGCAGAGCGCGGUUGCUGGAAGCAGACUGUGGCCAGCGUUGAUGCGAGUGGCUUGCUGAGGCGCGGUGAAACAGGGAGGAACUGUCCUUGCACCCUUUUCCGAGCUCCCGGUAAAGGGAGUCAAGUGAAGGGAUGCGGCACAGACGAUGGCUUGUUCCCUGCUAUAGUCCUGCGCUGUGUGUGUUGUGUAGGUAUGUGGAUCUAUUUAGGAGGAGUUGGAUCUGUUGGUGCCCAUGAAUUAUAAAAACGGAUCUAUAAAGAGAUGCUGGGUUUUGUAGGCGGUGUGUCCACGCAAUUGAAGUGCAUGGGAUGUGUAAAAGUGAGAAAGUAGAGAGGCUGGUAUUGAAACCAAGGCUGGAAUUAAUGGAUAUAGCUUGUGUCUCAAGCUGAUGGCGUACUUUCGCUGGGAGCACCAGGAUACCUUCCUGGGAGCCCUACGUGAGCCGUGCCGGUGUGUCGUGCACAGAAGCGACAGGCGAAGAAAUCAAAGCAGGUGUUUUAGCGAUAUUCUGUAUUGGAUUAAUACUGAGUAACAAAUUGCAUUAGGCACGGAAGGAAUUAAAGCUGGCACAGGAUUUCUCUUUCAUUUUCCCGGCCCCGUAUCUGCUUCUCUCUCUCUCAUUGAUUCCUGUACGGCGAGGAGUUGCCCAGCUGUGUAAACGUUUGUGCUUCUUCCACACUCAUCAGAAACGGUAAGCAAUGGUGGUGUUCGAAGCCAGCACAGGGGAUUAGUGGCAGCGGUGUCUGAAGCCCCUUAACCAGGAGAGCACUCCGCAGCUCUGCCUCGGCUCUCGCGUUCGGAGCAGGGAGAAGCUGCUCCCCUUGAAGUCAGGCCGGAAUGUCCGUCGCCGCGCUAAGCGGAUCAGGGAGGAAUUGCUCUUGAACUAUCGGGAAAAUAGACAGCCCACGGAGAGCCAGGGUGAUUUACAACUUCCAAGCGCUGUGUGAAAUUAGCAGCAGCUCUUCUAUGUGGUUAUGGGCUUACUUUGACAAUACCUGCAGGGCAAUUUGCUGUUAUCACCGGGGAAGUCUCAUUACACCACUGCAUGGAGAAAGCAUUUCAGGUCCGCAGGGCAGGUGAGGGACCUCCAUGUCUGAAACAUCCAUGUGUCGACAGCAGCUUCGGGAAGCGACAGCAAGGUUUGCUCGAGGAUGCAGUUUCCUACCGAUGUGAUGCAUGUCUGGCUUGCUUUCUUUCCUGCAGGAUGAACAAGCGAUCGUUUCUCGGAACCUGGGUGGCCCUGCUGGUGAUAACUGCACGGCAGCGAGCUCACGCCAUGGCGAGUCUCUAUCCCUUCUGGCAGAACGACACAAAAACGCCCAAAGUUGAUGAUGGAAGCUCUCCCGAGAUCAAGAUCUCUGUCCCAUUCAUCUUUUUUGGAGCCCCGUACAGAAGCGUUUAUGUCAACAACAACGGCGUGAUUUCCUUCAACGCGCUCGUCAGCCAGUUCACACCAGAAGCCUUCCCCCUGACCGAUGGCCGGGCCUUCGUGGCGCCAUUCUGGGCAGAUGUGCACAACGGCAUCCGGGGAGAAAUCUACUACAGGGAGAGCACCGACCCCGAGCUGCUGCGGAGAGCCUCCAAAGACAUCCGCAAGCACUUCAAAGACAUGUCCUCUUUCUCCGCCAUCUGGAUCUUCAUCGUCACCUGGGAGGAAGUCACUUUCUAUGGAGGAAGCAGCACGACUCCGGUAAACACUUUCCAAGCUGUCCUGAUCACAGACGGAGUGUCAUCCUUUGCCCUAUUUAACUACCACGAAAUCAGCUGGACCACGGGGACAGCCAGCGGAGGAGACCCCUUGACUGGUCUCGGUGGGGUGAUGGCUCAGGCUGGCUUCAAUGGUGGAAAUGUCACCAACUUCUUCAGCAUCCCGGGCUCCAGAACCCCAGACAUAGUCAAUAUCGAAGAAACGACCAAUGUUAACGUCCCUGGGCGCUGGGCUUUCAAAAUAGAUGGCAGAGAAAUAGAUCCGGCCAAUGGCUGCAGCCUGAGAGGACAAUUUCUCCGUCAAGGGGAGAUCUUCUGGGACAAUGCCAACUGCACCACCAAGUGCCGCUGCCUGGACUUCAACAAUGAGAUCUUCUGCCAGGAGAUGGCUUGCGGCCCCUUUGAAGCAUGCGAGCCGAAGACCAAGUUCUUCCAGUGCGUGCCGGUGGAGAGCAGCACCUGCGUGGUGUUUGGAGAUCCACAUUACCACACCUUCGAUGGCUUCCUCUUUCACUUCCAGGGUUCCUGCUCCUACCUCCUUGCCAGGCAGUGCUGGCCAGGCUCCCAGCUGCCCUACUUCAAUGUGGAGGCCAAGAACGAGAACCGAGGCGGCUCCUCCGUCUCCUGGCUGAGGGAUAUUUUUGUGGAGGUCUACUCACACAAGAUCGUCCUCCCCAAGGGCAGCUUUGGGAAAGCGAAGGUGGAUGAUUUGAUGGUGUCCCUACCCAUCUCCCUGGAACUGGGUGCAAUAAAAGUCUACCAAAGUGGCUUGUCCACAGCCCUGGAGACCGACUUUGGCCUGCUGGUGACCUACGACGGACAACACUAUGCCUCCAUCUCCGUUCCUGGCACGUACAUCAACACCACGUGUGGUCUGUGCGGGAAUUACAAUAAAGACCCCGAGGACGAUACCCUCCGCUCAGACGGGAGGUUGGCCACGUCUGUGCCGGAGCUGGGUGAGAGCUGGCGAGUGCCGCACCCCGAGCGGAAAUGCUCGCCCGGCUGCUUGGAGAACUGCAGCCUCUGUGAUGCCGCCACCGAGUCUCUCUAUUUCACCUCCGAAUACUGCGGCUUCAUCAACAAGAGUGGCGGGCCGCUGUGGGAGUGUGGCACCGUUGUGGACCCCACUGCCUUCGUCCACAGCUGUGUCUACGACCUCUGCAGCGCACGGGAUAACGGCACCGGCCUGUGCCAAGCCAUCCAGGCGUACGCCGCAGUGUGCCAAGCCCUAGGCAUCCGGUGGGAGAGUGGCGCACCCAGACGGGAUGCGGUAAGGAUGGCCGUGCAGUGCCCAGAGCUCAGCCACUACUCGGUGUGUGCGAGCCGCUGCCCCGCCACGUGUUCGGACCUCACGGCCCCGCUGGCCUGCGCCUCUCCAUGCGCUGAGGGCUGUGAGUGCAACGAGGGCCACGUCCUCAGCAUGGACCGCUGCGUCCCCGUCCAGAAGUGCGGCUGCGAUGUGGACGGCCGGUAUUACACGAUCGGGGAGUCUUUCUGGGUGGCAGCGGACUGCACGGUGGAGUGUCAGUGCGAGGACGGCGGGGAGGCCAGGUGCUUUAACACCACCUGCCCUGAAGGAGAGGUCUGCGCCAUUGAGAACGGCUACCGGGGCUGCUACCCCAAGCGGGAGAGCCUGUGUUUGGUGGGGCAGAACCAGGUGCUGCAGACCUUUGAUGGCAUUGCCUUCCCUUACCCACUGGAGCACUCCUACACGCUGCUCAAAACCUGCCCGGAGAGACUGGACUUCAUCGAGGUGGACAUCAGCCAAAAGAAGCCUGGAUCUGCUCCCAACGGGCCACGCGUUGUGCGGAUUCAGGCAGUCGGCCAAGAGGUGAAGAUGGGAGGCACCAGCCUGUUGGAGAUCAAGGUGAACAGUUAUGACGUGGAGCUGCCCUAUUUCCAUCCUUCUGGCCGCCUGGAAAUCUACCGUAGCGACAACAGUACCGUGAUGGAAUCGGAGGGGCUCCUGGCUGUCAGCUACUAUGAUUCGGGCCUCCUGGAGAUCCGCCUCUCCACCGCCUACUUCAACUGCACUGGGGGCCUGUGCGGCUCUUUCAACAGCAACACCAGCGACGAGUUCUGCCCACCCAAGGGCAAGUGCACGGACAACCUGGAGCUCUUUCUGGAGAGCUGGACCACAUUCGACGAGAUCUGCAACGGGGAGUGCGGGGACCUCCUCAAGGCUUGCAACAACGACUCAGAGCUGCUCAAGUCCUACAGGAGCCGCUCCAACUGCGGCAUCAUCAAUGACCCCACCAACAGCUCCUUCCUGGAGUGCCACAACGUGGUCAACGUCUCAGCCUACUACAGGACGUGCCUCUUCCGCCUGUGCCAGAGUGGGGGUAACCGGUCAGAGCUGUGCGACUCGGUGGCACGCUACGCCAGUGCCUGCAAGAACGCUGAGGUGGACGUCGGCCAGUGGAGGAGCCACAGUUUUUGCCCUCUUGCCUGCCCAGAGAACAGCCAUUUCGAGGAGUGCAUGAGCUGCGUGGAGACCUGCGAGACCCUGGCCACGGGGCCCGUCUGCGCGGACACCUGUACGGAGGGCUGCCAGUGUGACGAGGGCUUUGCCCUCCGCGGCACGCACUGCAUUCCCCGUGGCGAGUGCGGCUGCAACUUUGAGGGGCGCCAGCUGGCCACCAACCAGACCUUCUGGAUGGACAUUGCCUGCCACUUCCUCUGCUACUGCAAUGGCUCCGACAACAGCGUGUACUGUGAGAAUGUUUCCUGCAAGGACGAUGAGUACUGCCUGGAGGAGAAUGGCCUCUAUUACUGCCAUGUCCGCACCGACGCCUCCUGCAUCGUCUCUGGCUACGGACACUACCUCACUUUUGAUGGCUACACCUUUGACUUCCAGAGCAGCUGUGCGUUGGUCCUGUGCACCACAAUCACCCGGCCAAGGGUGGAGCGCUCGGACACUUUCCCAGCAUUCACCGUCACAGCCAAGAAUGAGGAUCGGGACACUUCUCUGGCCUUGUGGGUGAAACAAGUUGAAGUGGAGGUCUUCAAUUACCAUAUCGUCAUUCACCGUGCCUACAAAUAUACUGUGCUGGUGAAUGAUGAGCGUCUCUACCUGCCCCUGAAGCUGGGUCAGGGCAAAGUGAACAUCUUUGCCUUUGGCUUUCACAUCGUGGUUGAGACCGACUUUGGGCUGAAGGUGGUGUAUGAUUGGAAGACCUUCCUCUCUGUCACUGUCCCACGCAGCUUCCAGAACCUGACCUACGGUCUCUGCGGCCGCUACAACGGCAAUCCCGAGGAUGACCUGGUGGCUGCGGGCGGCAUGCCGGCCGCCAGCGUCAUUGACUUCGUCCACAGCUGGGCGAAGCGGGAUGCAUUCUGCCGUGUGGGCUGUGGCGACCGCUGUCCUGCCUGCGGGAAGGUGGAAGGCUUCUGGAAACCCCAGCAGCUCUGCAGUCUCAUCCCGAGCCAAAGCGGCGUCUUCGCCAAGUGCCACAGCAAGAUCAGCCCUGGCUUCUUCUACAAGAACUGCCUCUUUGACACAUGCGUCGACGGGGGAGCCAUGCAAACGGCCUGCAGCUGGCUGCAGAAUUACGCCAGCACGUGCCAAACGCAGGGCAUCACCAUUACUGGCUGGAGGAACUUCACCUCAUGCUCUGUCAGCUGUCCCCCCAACAGCCAUUACGAGAGCUGCGUGUCCCUGUGCCAGCCCCGAUGUGCCGCCAUCCGUCUGAAGAGUGACUGCAGCCACUACUGUGUGGAGGGAUGCCAGUGUGACCCCGGGUAUGUCCUCAACGGCAAGAGCUGCAUCCUUCCCCACAACUGCGGCUGCUACUCGGACGGCAAAUACUACGAGCCCAAGCAGCUCUUCUGGAAUGGGGACUGCACCCGUCGGUGCCGCUGCUUCCGGCGCAACCUCAUCCAGUGUGACCCACGGCACUGCAAGUCGGACGAGGAGUGUGCCCUGCGCAACGGCGUCCGCGGCUGCUUCAGCACCAGGAGCUCCUUCUGCCUGGCGGCGGGCGGCGGCGUCUUCCGCACCUUCGACGGGGCCUUCCUCCGCUUCCCCGCCAACUGUGCCUUCGUCCUCUCCACCAUCUGCCAGAAGCUGCCCGACUUCUCCUUCCAGCUCAUCAUCAACUUUGACAAGUGGUCCUCGCCCAACCUCACCAUCAUCUCCCCCGUGUACUUCUACAUCAACGAGGAGCAGAUCCUCAUCAGUGACAGGAAUACUGUCAAGGUGAACGGCAGCCAUGUGAGCAUCCCCUUCAUCACGGGGCUUUCCACGAAGAUCUUCAGCCAGGAGGGCUUCCUGGUCAUCGACUCCAGCCCCGACAUCCAGAUCCGCUACAACGGCUUCAAUGUCAUCAAAAUCACCAUCGGGGAGCGGCUGCAGAACAAGGUGUGCGGCCUCUGCGGCAACUUCAACGGCGACCGGACGGAUGAUUAUGCGACGCUGCGGGGGAAGCCGGCGGUCAGCAGCGUGGUGCUGGCUCAGAGCUGGAAGACCAACGGCAUGCAGAAGAGCUGCAACGAGCUGCAGUACUCGCAGUACACCGCCUCCUGCGACAACGUCCAGAUCCAGGAGCUGCAGAGUGACAGCUACUGCCUGAAGCUGACGGACAUGAAAGGCUUCUUCCAGCCCUGCUACGGCCUCCUGGACCCCCUGCCCUUUUACGAGUCCUGCUUUCUGGACGGCUGCUACAACCACAAGAAGGUCCAGCUGUGCGGCUCGCUGGCCGCCUACGGCGAGGCCUGCCGCACCUUCGGCAUCCUGGGCACCGAGUGGAUCGAGAAAGAGAAUUGCUCAGGAGUGGUGGAAGAUCCCUGCGUGGGCGCCGACUGCCCCAACCGCAGCUGCGAGCUGGACAACGGCGGGGAGCUGUGCGGGUGCAUCGAGCCCCCGCCCUACGGGAACACCACCCAUGACAUCAUUGACGCAGAGGUGACCUGCAAAGCCGCCCAAAUGGAGGUGUCUAUUUCGAAGUGCAAGCUGUUCCAGCUGGGCUUUGAGCGUGAGGGGGUGCGGGUCAACGACCGCCAGUGCCCCGGCAUCGAAGGUGAAGACUUCAUCUCCUUCCAGAUCAACAACACCAAGGGCAACUGUGGCAAUCUGGUGCAGUCGAACAGCACACAUAUAGUGUACAAGAACACAGUGUGGAUCGAAAGUGCGAACAACACGGGCAACAUCAUCACCCGGGACCGGACGAUCAACGUGGAGUUUUCCUGCGCCUACGAGCUGGACAUCAAGAUCUCCCUGGAUUCGGUGGUGCGGCCGAUGCUCAGCGUGAUUAACCUGACGGUGCCGACGCAGGAAGGGAGCUUUACGACCAAGAUGGCCCUGUACAAGAACUCCUCCUACAAGCACCCCUACCGGCAGGGCGAGGUGGUGCUCACCACCCGGGACGUGCUCUACGUGGGGGUCUUUGUCGUCGGGGCCGAUUCCAACCACCUGAUCCUGAUGCUGAACAAGUGCUACGCGACCCCCUCGCGGGACAGCAACGACAAGCUGCGCUACUUCAUCAUCGAGGGAGGGUGCCAAAACAUGAAGGACAACACCAUCGGCAUAGAGGAGAAUGGGGUGUCGUUGACAUGUCGUUUCCACGUCACUGUCUUCAAGUUCAUUGGGGAUUAUGACGAAGUUCACCUCCACUGCGCCGUCUCCCUCUGUGAUUCGGAGAAAUACUCCUGCAAAAUAAACUGCCCUCAGCACACGAGGAUGGCCAGCAUGUUCGCUGAGGAGUCCAAGGAGCAGAUCCUCUCUGUGGGGCCUAUUAGGAGGAAGCGAUCGGACUGGUGUGAGGACAACGGAGGCUGCGAGCAGAUCUGCACGAGCCGGGCAGACGGGCCCCUGUGCAGCUGCGUGACGGGGACGCUGCAAGGGGACGGCAAGAGCUGCAGGGCCUCCAGCUCUUCAGGGGAGCACCGCGCCCGAGCGACCAUGCUGGUGGCGGCCCAGCUGUGGCUGUGGCUGCACGCAGCUCCACGGGACCCGACCUCGUAGGUGCAGCUCUGCCACCCAGCCAAGGACUGUUCUCGCGUCAGCCUGAGUCUUUGUAGGGUAGGAGACAGCACCCCCACAGCGGCCCGGCUGCCACCGACUCGUCCAUCCGCGUGGAGGCAAGAGAGGGAUUCAACCCAGAGAGAGAUCUGAUGGGAACUUGGAUGUGAAGGUGGCAAGCACCGCAGCAGCAACAGCAACAACGAGGCAGAGCUGGAUGGUUGUCGGCAUCAAUGUAGAACUUGGGGGUUUUAUUGCAGGUUUCUGGCAUCGAUGUGGGACGUGGAGUUUCUUUUGCAGGUGUCUGGCAUUGAUGUGGGAUUGUGGGUUGGUUUUUUUUUUGCAGCUUUCCAUUAUCAAUGUGGGACUUGAGGGGUUUUUUUCGCAGUUUGUCAGAGGCUUUUCCUUGUAGCACGUACUGUAGGCGGCCCGCUCCUCUCGGUAGCGCAGGCCGGGUCGGAGCGCGCGACGUCCCCGCACACAGCCAUGCAUGGGUCUCCAGCGUCCUCGGGAGCUGCCGUCGGUGUCUCCGGAGCACACAGACUCGGCCAGAGGUAGGUGUUGCGGCACGGGACGCGGGCCGGAGCGGCACAUUAUUGUCAUCGGAUGUGGUCACACCUCGGGAGCAUGUUGCCCCCUGGCUCUCUGGAGCAGAGGUGUGGUUGAGGCAUGGGGUCAAGGACACAGCUUGUCCCCGGGGAUCCGACAAGCCUAUUUGUGCAUUGUGGUUGAGAGAAGCCGGUCCCAAUGUUUGGAAAGUGGUGCUUUCUGGUGGGCAGGAGCGAGAGCCAGAGAAAGGCAGGGCAGGAUUCCAUCUUAUGCACGCGUGUUGUGCCGCGGCAGUUUUUGUGGGUGCGGGGCAGCGUCAGGGCAGCUGGUGGGAGAGUCGCGAGUGGCCUCGGGGCGUCGGUGGGUGCGUGGGGGGGGCUGUCUGUGUUGGUGUCUUGUUUUGUGUUUGUACUCUGUGAAACGGCUGCGUGGGAAUAAAAAAUGUUGUAAUCCUUCUUAAGCAGUGUGGUCCUGUGUGAUGGUGGCCGGGAUGGGGUGGGGAGCAGGCAGGGCCGGGAGUACGUCGGGGCCAGAGAGGGUCCCUGGGAGGGGAGGGGAGCAGAGAUUUUGGGGUGCCGGGCAGCGGCUGUGUGUACUCUGGGUCCUGCAUUGGGGCUGGAGGAAGGAGGUGCACCUGUGCUUUGACAGGUGGGGGAGUAAUAAGCUGUUGUAGGGAGGAAAGAGGGCACCCGAGGUCUCUGCUGAGGUUCUGAGGAGAUUUGAGGAGAAUGGUGGCUGGCGGUGGGCAGCAACUGAGGGAGUCAUCAAUGCUUAUCAAUACGUAAAGGGUGGGCGUCAAGAGGACGGGGCCAGAGUCUUUUUAGUGCUGUCCAGCGACAGGCCAAGGAGCAACAGGCACAAACCAGGACAAGGAAAAUUCCGUCUCAACAGGAGGAAAAAGUUCUUUACUUUGAUAGAGCAGGCUGCCCAUAGAGGUUGUGGCGUCUCCUUCUCUGGAGAUGUUCCAAACCCACCCAGAUGGGAUCCUCUCCAAUGUGUUUUGGCAGGAGGGUUGGACCAGAUGAUGUGUGAAGGUCCCUUACAACCCCUACCACUCUGUGAAUCAUAGAAUCAUAGAAUCUUCAUGGUUGGAAAAGACUCGAGGUGAGGCCUCACCAGUGCCGAGUACAGAGGCACGGUCACUUCCCUACUCCCGCUGGCCAUACUAUUCCUGGCACAGGCCAGGAUGCCGUUGGCCUUCUUGGCCACCUGGGCACACUGCUGGCUCAUGUUAAGCUGGCCGUCCACCAGCACCCCCAGGUCCUUUUCUGCCGGGCAGCUUUCCAGCCACUCUCCCCCAAGCCUGUAGCGUUGCUUGGGGUGAUUGUGACCGAAACGCAGGACCCGGCAC